UGCAUCUUUCAUGUUGAAAAGUUGGAGGGUGAGUGGACUCCUUGUGUGCCUUCUAGCUUUCAGAAAUCCACGAUGCAGCAUCCAAUACAGCCCAGUGAUAGAUUGACCUUCAGUGACUUCACAGUUUUGGUUUUACAUCACAUGAUUGUCUUUCUUGUCCUGCAGUCAUGUGCAGGUCAAACUCAGGUGAUUGGUCCAUCUCAGCCAAUAGUGGCGACAGUUGGUGACGACAUCAUUUUGCCGUGUCACCUGGAACCUGCGAUCAAUGCUUUUGACUUGAGGCUGGAGUGGGUGAGACCUGACCUGAGCCCUGGGUUUGUCCAUGUGAGGGCGAACAGUCAAGAAUCUGUGGUUAAUAAACAGCCGUCCUACAGGGGAAGAACAUCACUGCUAACUGACAAAUUAAAUGACGGAGACAUUUCACUGAGACUCUCUGAGGUGAAACCUUCUGAUGAGGGAACAUACAGAUGUCUUGCUCCCACACUGGGUCGAGCUGCUUCCAUCGAACUUAUUGUUGGUGCUGUCUCUUCACCUUUCAUAAAGGUGAUAAACAGAAACGGCACAAAUGUGGUGUUACAGUGUGAGUCUAAAGGCUGGUAUCCAGAGCCUAAGGUGUCUUGGUUGGAUGGUGAGGGAAACCUCCUCUCUGCUGGACCUACAAAGACAGUCAGAGGUCCUGAUGACCUCUAUACUGUCAGCAGCAGAGUGACUGUAGAGAAGAGGCACGACAACAACGUCACCUGUAGAGUCCAACAGAAGAACAUCAACCAGACCAGAGAGACACACAUUAUUGUUUCAGCCCUGCCUUGGCAUAUGAAAUGUAUCUUGGCUUUGAGCUUAGCUGGUGUCUUCAUAGUCAUCCUGUCGGUUGUGGGGAUCGAGAUUAAGUUUACUAGGUGUGAGUUCAAUCAAGAUUUAAAUGAGGUAACGACACAGAAGACAGACGUGUUACUGGAGCAAGAAACAGCUGCUACAGAAAAACGCCCAGCAGAGGAUGAAGACUGCAACUGACAGUCAAGACUGGAGAAAAGAUCCACAGUACCCUUCCUCCAGAACAUGUACACCUCCACAGUCACUGCAGACCUUGGACAUAACUACACAACACUACAAGCCAAAACCACCAGACACAAGAACAGCUUCUUCCCUCAAAUUACACUUCUCAACACUUAAAGCAGCCACGGAAGGUUUGAUAACAAUUAGUCUGAAAAAGCUACAAUUCUAUUUCACCUUUAUAUACAUACAUAUAAUCAAAUGUAAUUGAAAACUUGUGCAAUAACCUCACUACCUCUAACUGUAUUAACAAUCCUGAAUGUAUAAAUGUAGUUUGUUGUGCAAUUCUUGCCAGUAUAUAAUAGCUAUAUAUGUUGUAUUAAGCUAUAAGUUUGCUCAUAUUUGUUUAGCUGUAUGUGUGUUUACUGUAUCAUCCUGCCAAUGUGUCCUCUACACCAGUGGUUCCCAAUAUUAGUAUAGAUGGCUAUAUAAUUGUCCACAACUGCUCACAAAACGUGAUAUCUUAACACUUAACACACACUUCUUUUUUACUAGAAAAAUAUCUGUACAGAAAUCAUUUCUGUUUUGAAAAUGGACCUCAAAAUUAACCAUGAGUUCAUUUUGUUAGGAAAAAUGCCAAAGGGGAUAGUCAGAACUGAAGACGAGUAUCUUAUUAGAAUGUAAGGAUAACUGCUCUUAAACUUAUAACAAAAAACUGACUUCAGAAACUAAGGCCUAGUGUAGAGAAACUGAAGGAUUUAAUAGAGCAAGUAAAAGAAAUGGAGCAGUUAACAUAUGGGAAAAAUGUUACAGCAGAAGAUAUGAAGUUAUUACACCUCAGCUUAACAAAAAGUAACCUACAGUAAUUUCAUUAGACAUUCAGACAGCUAAUAGAUUGUUAUUAGAUAAAAUAGAUAUUGGGAGGAGUCAACAGGGGAAGCACACCCUUUUAUCUUUUUCAUCCUUUUUUAAUUAUUAUUUUUAUU